UCAGGGCAACCAUAUAAAAUCAUGCUCGUUCUUAGGGUACGCAGGGCCAGGGUUGCAUCAUUUUUCCCACGGCUCUAUAAUGCUGAAGCAAAUGAGCUGUGGGUCGUACACAGGAAUACCCGUGAGCUUUUGUGACGGAAACAAGACGCCAAAAGGAUUGUUUUAUCCUCUGUUUGCAGGACUGCAAAGUUGUAAUUGGUCGAGGUUUUUAUCGUUUGUGAUGGCUUCCCAGACGACCGUCCAGUACGACAGCGACAAAUGGGGCUGGAUCAUGGUGGCGGUGGCGUUUCUUAGUACCUUCGCGGGUAACAUCAAGGGGCUGGGUGUCCUUCUCAUUCCCAUAACGAACGACCUGGACACCGAUCUGUGGCUGGUAGGCUGGACCGUUGUCCUGUACGGCAUGAUGCAAAACUGUUUGGGUCCUUUUGUGGGAGCCCUGUGUCGCCUCGUGGGAAGCCGUCCCAUGAUGGUUCUGGGCGGAGUUCUCCAGACGCUUGGCCUUCUAUUGACGUCGGUAUCCCCCAGCGUUUUCCCAAUUACUAUUUUCAUUAUUGGACUUUCAGGUCUAGGUUCUGCCCUCAUUUUGUUCAUCGGUAUGGCUGUGACAGCUUCAUACUUCAAAGAGAAAUACCCAUUGGCUGUUGGCUUAUCUAUGAUGGGUCUUCCCAUUGGUAUGAUGGCAUACGGGCCAAUAACCCAGGUACUUUUGGAGACAUAUGGAUGGAGAGGAGCCACGCUGUUGCUAGGAGGUGUCUCGUUCCAUCUUUUGGCUGGUAGUUUGUUGGUGAGACGAGACCUAUCCUCCCUUUCAACCAAAACUGAUCGGUACCAAGCAGUUUCGGUAAACGAGGAAAGAGAAAAUGAUCAGCAAGAGGGAGAAGGGAGUGGCCCUAGUAACGAAAUGCCCACCGUUGAUGGUGCAAGUCGAUCGGAUGAUUACCUUCAUCAAGGCAAGGCGAUGAUGCUUUACGCAAGCUGUAUGACUGCUAUGGACUUCGCCGUGCUCGCUGAUGCAAGGUUCGUUUUAUUGGUGGCCGGGAGGUGCACAGCUGCGUUCGCCUUCAGUGGCUUCGUGGUGUUCUUGGUGUCGCACGGUCAACUUCAGGGGCUGAGCGAGACUGAGGCGUCGUUCUUGCCGACAUCUUUCGGCAUUGGCAACGUCAUUGGCAAGGCUGUGGCUCCCUUCCUGCAGCAGCUUGACGUGAAACCGUCUAUGACAUUCUGGGAGUGCUUAGGGGCAUCGCUUGUUGGCGCCUCGUUCCUCAUCGAUGCCUUCAUCCGACCCUUCGUUGGCCAGUUGGCCGUUUGUGCUGUGAUAGGACUGAGUUUCGCAUUUGUAUAUCAGGCUAUUGACGUAAAGUUGGUGAUGGGCUGUGGCGGGGGAAGGUUGCCUGGGUAUAGGAGACCCAGAGGACCCAUCAGACCGGGAGAUGAGCAGGGGCUGCCAGAUGUCGCUGAUGGAGAAGCCGAUGUCUUGAGGCACGAUGGGGUGUUUGGAGAUUUCCAAGGCUUCUCUAAUGCGUCUUGGGUACCACUGUUCGAUACUAGCGAUGAGGUGGGCUUCUUCCAAGUUGAUGAUGUAGUAUUUGGCGUGGGAAUGUUUGAUGAUGGCUGA